CGCGCCCGCCGCCUCCUGAUGCUGCAGAGCCGGGCGCCGGUCCUCGGGGCCAGCACGCGCCUCCACGGGGAGCCCGGCUUUGGGACGCGCCCGAGACGCUGCCACAGCCCGGGACCUCAGCUGCGGACCUAACGCCUGAACUGCGGACUCGCGGGGCGCUGCCGGCGGGCGGGGCGCUGUGCAGCGGCGCGCGGGGAGGUGGUGAGCGCGUGCAGAGCUGCCUGAGCCGGGGACGGGACGUGGGUGUGCGUGUGUGUGCCCGGGCGCGUGUGUGUUUGUGCGUGUUUCUCCUCCUUCCCGUGAGGAUGUGAAUGGUUUUGCAGCUGGCUGCUCCCUUAGGAUUCUUGACUUUGGGGAGCUCGGGACUGUGAGUACAUGCCACCCACAUAAUCCAUUUUGCAAGGUUGGUUGUAUCAGGGGAAAAAGCGCAACUGGACGGGGGUGGGGCAGACGCAGGAAACCUGGAAAUACACACACUCGCAAGCUAGAGGAAGCAUUGAAAGACUUGAAAAGACUUUGGUAACCUCCCUGCUGGCCCUUCCGUUUUCCGGAAAGCUCCUGGAUACCUUUUCAAGUCAUCUUGGCAUCGCUCUGGUGUUUUGUAAGCCGCUUCCAGCUAGCUGCGUGUGUGCGCGCGUGUGUGUACGCGCGCGUCUAUGUGAUGCAUUUGACUAUCUUUUAUUCAACUGCCCAGAAGCAAAUGUGUUAACUUGGCGAUGCCCUUCCAUGCCCGGGUUCUGGAAGAGUGCGGAGGACGCCCAGACCUAUUUUCCUGGCUGGAUUCGGAGGGGCUGUCGGGCUGUGGACCCGGGUGUGUGGAUCGCUUUACCCAGAGGCUUGGAAAACACCGAUAUUAACCUGCUUCCAGGUACAUGGCAAGGUCAAGAGCGGGUCUUGCAGCUUUCUCGUUUCUGCGCAUCUAGACCUUCCUGUCUUGGCCAGAAAGAUAUUUACGUUUCAGUGCACAGCAUCUGAAGCCAGAAGUUCAGCCCUUCUAGCUGGUUUGCCAUACAAACAAGGUAACGAGGAGAGGAUUGCUUUUCAAACUGCUUAACAAAAUCCCCGACUCUUCCUCAGCUCUUUUCCGGCUUCCUCCUCCCCACCAAAAUGUCAACAGCUCUUGAAUUACGUGGAUUUGGGUUGGAGGAGAACUUGAAGGAAACGUGAUUGACCAGCUAUGAGAGAAGGCUCUCUCUGCUGCCCACGGUCUGGUGGACUUUAAAGCCAGCCGUGAGAAGAAACUGUUCCCUCCUGGCUUUCCCUCCCCGUGCGGAGCUGGGUGUGCAUGUGCAAGUGUGAGUACAAGUGCGCGCGCGCCCGGUGCGAGUGUGCGUGUGAGAGUGCGUGUCUCUGAGUGUGCGUGCGUGGCCGCCCUGCCUCUGCCGGCUCCCCGGGCCCCGAGACGCGGGUUUCAUGGGGCGAUCGCCACGGAUCCCCCACCCAGCGCGACCUGCGGGCAGCGGCGGCAGUGGCAGGAGUCGCCUCUCCAACUCCCUAGGAUGCGGGUGCUGAGCUAUGGCAAAGGGCAGAGAAGUGACGAACGAGCCCCGAGUGCGACCGUGAAAGCCACCUGGAGCCACCUUGCUGGAAUUGUACCCGCGGGCAGAAAGUCUUCCUACGACCGCCUUUCCCCCUAGAGACACCAGAGUCCCUGUAACCAUUCAGCCAGGUGUUGAGAAGAUUUGUAGUACUGAGCACCUUCCUUCGACCCCAUCCUCCGUCGGAACCAGCUUUGGAGAUGCUUUCACCCUGUCCAUCUUCUGCAGCAGCCAGCCAGAGUGCUGACUCCUUCACAGCAGUAAGGAACUCUUCAGGCUCCAGAAGCUCUUAAAUCUGAUUUACAAUGGAAAAAUUUCUUUUUUAUUUGCUUUUCAUUGGCAUAGCAGUGAAAGCUCAGAUCUGUCCAAAGCGUUGUGUCUGUCAAAUUUUGUCUCCUAAUCUUGCAACCCUUUGUGCCAAGAAAGGGCUUUUAUUUGUUCCACCAAACAUUGACAGAAGAACUGUGGAACUGCGGCUGGCAGACAAUUUUGUUACAAAUAUUAAAAGGAAAGAUUUUGCCAACAUGACCAGCUUGGUGGACCUGACUCUAUCCAGGAAUACAAUAAGUUUCAUUACACCUCAUGCAUUUGCUGACCUACGGAAUUUGAGGGCUUUGCAUUUGAAUAGCAACAGGUUGACUAAAAUUACGAAUGAUAUGUUCAGUGGUCUUUCUAAUCUCCAUCAUUUGAUAUUGAACAACAAUCAGCUGACUUUAAUUUCUUCUACAGCAUUUGAUGAUGUAUUUGCCCUUGAGGAGCUGGAUCUGUCCUAUAAUAAUCUAGAAACCAUUCCUUGGGACGCCGUGGAGAAGAUGGUUAGCCUGCACACCCUGAGUCUGGACCACAAUAUGAUCGACAACAUUCCUAAGGGGACUUUCUCCCACUUGCACAAGAUGACUCGGUUAGAUGUGACUUCCAACAAAUUGCAAAAGCUACCACCUGACCCUCUCUUUCAGCGAGCUCAGGUACUAGCCACCUCAGGAAUCAUAAGCCCAUCUACUUUUGCAUUAAGUUUCGGUGGAAACCCUUUGCAUUGCAAUUGUGAAUUGUUGUGGUUGAGGCGACUGUCCAGAGAAGAUGACCUAGAGACCUGUGCUUCUCCUGCACUUUUAACUGGCCGCUAUUUUUGGUCAAUUCCUGAGGAAGAGUUCUUGUGUGAGCCCCCUCUCAUUACUCGUCACACACACGAAAUGAGAGUCUUGGAGGGUCAGAGGGCAACACUGAGGUGCAAAGCCAGGGGAGACCCUGAACCUGCAAUUCACUGGAUUUCUCCUGAAGGGAAGCUGAUUUCCAAUGCAACAAGAUCUCUGGUCUAUGAUAAUGGAACCCUGGACAUUCUCAUAACAACUGUUAAGGAUACAGGUGCUUUUACCUGCAUUGCUUCCAAUCCGGCAGGGGAAGCAACCCAGACCGUGGAUCUGCAUAUAAUUAAGCUCCCCCACUUACUAAACAGUACGAACCAUAUCCACGAGCCUGAUCCUGGUUCUUCAGAUAUCUCAACUUCUACCAAGUCAGGGUCGAACACUAGCAGCAGUAACGGUGAUACGAAAAUGAGCCAGGAUAAAAUUGUGGUGGCAGAGGCAACAUCCUCAACAGCACUGCUUAAAUUCAAUUUUCAAAGAAAUAUCCCUGGGAUACGUAUGUUUCAAAUCCAGUACAAUGGUACUUACGAUGACACCCUUGUUUACAGGAUGAUUCCUCCUACGAGCAAAACCUUUCUGGUCAAUAAUCUGGCUGCUGGAACUAUGUAUGACUUGUGUGUCUUGGCCAUAUAUGACGAUGGCAUCACUUCCCUCACGGCCACCAGAGUUGUUGGCUGCAUCCAGUUUACGACAGAACAGGAUUAUGUGCGGUGCCAUUUCAUGCAGUCACAGUUUUUGGGAGGCACCAUGAUUAUUAUCAUUGGUGGAAUCAUUGUAGCUUCUGUGCUGGUUUUCAUCAUCAUUCUAAUGAUUCGGUAUAAGGUUUGCAACAAUAAUGGGCAACACAAGGUCACCAAGGUCAGCAACGUUUAUUCUCAAACUAACGGGGCUCAAAUACAAGGCUGCAGCGUCACACUGACCCAGUCUGUGUCCAAACAAGCCGUGGGCCCUGACGAAAGCGCCCAGGGUAAAGCAGCCAGUGACAGCGCCAUCCAAUCCUCAGAAACUUGUUUGAGUCAGGACUCCUCCUCCACUACCUCUGCUUUGCCGCCUUCUUGGACUUCAAGCACUUCUGUGUCCCAAAAGCAGAAGAGAAAGACGAGCACAAAGCCAAGCACCGAACCACAGAGUGAAGCGGUCACAAGUGUCGAGUCCCAAAACACUAACAGGAACAACUCAACUGCACUGCAGCUAGCUAGCCGACCUCCUGACUUCACCCCCGAGGGGCCCACACCCCAAAGAGCACACACACAGCCAAAUGCUUUGCUGACUAAUGUUGACCAGAAUGUCCAGGAGACACAGAGACUGGAGUUAAUCUGAGGAGUGCCACUUCUUCUCUCUCUCUUGAAAAAAUUGCCACUGAUAUUUUUACUGGAUAAAAUUAAAAAAAAAAAGUUUCAAUUCACAAAGGCUGAUUGUCGAACUGGUGUCCUAAAAGAAAGUGUCGCGGGAGCUGCGGUGCAAGUCUCUGAUACUGGCGAAACUGGCUCUAUCAGACCAUGGUUCAUCCUCUUUUCAAACCAAAUUUUUUUCCUUUGGCCUACAAGUAAUUUUUUUUUUUUUUUAAUGAAAGAAAAUAAAAGCCUACAUUGGCAUCAAGUUCUGUAUCAACCCAUCUUACAGUUGCCAUAAAUGAUUUAACAGACUGUAGAAUCUUGAAUAAUCUAUAUCACUUUAACAAAUAAAUGUUUUACUAUGAA